UACACAGGCGCUAGAGUUUGUGACAUUUAUAAAUUUAUGAAUAAGAUAUUUUAAGGUGAGGGAUGAUGGGAUGAAAUUUACUACCCGAUAAUUAGUUUUAACUCAGUCAUGAGUCGGUUCAGUCGUGUAUGAACAUAUUCAAAAAAAUUAUCUUAAAUAUUUUAAAUGAAUACAUAUUUAUAUAAAAUGCGGUUUGGUGAUUAAAUAUUUAAAUAAAUUUUUUUCGACCUUUUAUUUUUUUCUGGCUCAUUUUUAUUUUUGUGUCGGAAAAUGUUGCGACGAAUAUUUUUAUUUAUUUUAGUUUUGCUUGAGAUAAUUAAAAUAAUUAAUGGCCUUCCAAGUAAAUUACAAACUAGUGAACGUAGUGCCAGUAAUGAAAAAAAUUAUAAAACCAAAGCAGAUGAGACGGAAAAAAUAUUAUUUCUUGACGACUUGUAUGAAAUAUUCAGUUACGAUCCACAAGAUUUUAAAAAUAACACUCAACUACUUCCGCCAAAAUGCGAUGGAAGUAAAUUUUGUGAACAAGUUCCUUAUUAUCCUAAUGAUAUUAUUAAGAAAGAGUUGAAAUUAAAAAGUGAUUUGAAAUUAUUAGAAACUAAAGACGAACCUUUGACAUUAAACACAAGAUUUAAUGAAGUGGAGAGCGAUAGUCUCUGCAGUUCGGUGAGAAAAGAUGUUUUUCCAAGAGUUGCAGUAAAUAAAGACGGAGAAUGGAAAUAUAUUAUAAAUAACGAUGAAUUUGUUCAGCGAGUCAGUGUCGAAAUCUGCGAAGACGAUAAGACACCAUGCAGAUUAUUUGAUGGUUUCGCAGACGGCUACGAAGCGACAUGUAAACAAAAAUAUAUAUAUAAAAAAUUAGCAGCGAUAUCUCAAGACGGAAAAGCGAAUCCAGAUUGGUUUGAAAUGCCAGUAAGUUGUUGCUGUCAUGUUAAAUUUGUCGGCGAUGGAUUUUAAAAUCCCGGGUAAAAAAAUUCAAACCGCGAAUUUUAAAUAAUUUAAUAAUUUAUAUACUUAAUUAAAUAUUCCUAUAAUUAAAUAAUGAUAUUUAAAUAGAGUUAAAAUAAAUUUGUGACGAGUUGCGUAAAAAAAUAUUGUGAUAUAUAUAAUAUAUAUAUAUUAAUUAAAAUUUAAUAUGUAAAUAAUGUUCAGUUC